AAUUCCAACAUGGCAGAGGCUGCAGUCAGUCUUCCCUUCAAAAACUUGGAAUGAUUUCAAAUCAUAGGCACCUUCACUUAACCCGAGUCCCCAUUCAUCAGCAAACACAUCGGAUCGAUGCUACUCUAACCUAUCGGGUUCUCGUACCAAACCUGCAGGUUAAAUGAAUACCUGACGAAAGGGCCCACGUUUCAAGGCAGUGACAUUUGAUAGCUGAGAGGAAAAGUGGCUUUAAUGAAAAGCAACCUUUGGAAUUCCUGCUUGUGAAAAAUCCAAUUCAGCUUUUUGUGCUGCCAGCAAGAAAUGAUCAGUAGCACCAGUGUUUAUGGCUUGAAGAUGCAGUGGACGCCGGAGCAUGCCCAGUGGCCAGAACAGCACUUUGAUAUCACUUCAACCACCCGGUCCCCUGCACACAAGGUGGAAGCCUACCGAGGGCACCUGCAGCGCACCUACCAGUACGCCUGGGCCAACGACGACAUCUCGGCUCUGACUGCCUCCAAUCUCCUGAAGAAGUAUGCGGAAAAGUACUCUGGCAUCUUGGAAGGCCCAGCUGAACGGCCCAUUCUCAGCAACUACUCUGAAGCUCCCUCGGGGCUGGUGAACGGUCGGAAGAAUGAAAGUGAGCCCUGGCAGCCGUCGCUGAACUCGGAGAGCGUCUAUCCCAUGAACUGUGUCCCAGACGUUAUCACCGCCAGCAAAGCUGGGGUAAGUGCAGCCCUUCCUCCCGCAGAUGUCUCGGCCAGCAUUGGGAGCUCUCCUGGGGUAGCCAGUAACCUGGCUGAACCCAGUUACUCCAGCAGCACCUGCGGAAGUCACACGGUUCCCAGUCUUCAUUCAGGGCUCCCAUCUCAGGAAUAUGCCACAGGAUACAAUGGCUCAUACUUGCAUACCAGUUACAGUGGCCAGCCAGCACCUGCACUUCCAUCCCCACAUCCAUCCCCCCUGCAUAGCUCGGGACUUUUGCAACCGCCGCCGCCGCCACCACCAGCCCUCGUUCCUGGCUACAACGGGACCUCUAACCUCUCCAGUUACAGCUACCCUUCUGCCAGUUAUCCGCCUCAAACCGCUGUUGGCCCUGGGUACAGUCCUGGGGGUGCCCCACCACCCUCCGCAUACCUGCCUUCAGGAAUCCCUGCUCCAACCCCUCUGCCCCCAACCACUGUCCCCAGCUACUCCUACCAGGGCCAUGGUCUGACACCUAUUGCACCAUCUGCCCUGACAAAUAGUUCCGCCAGCUCUCUCAAAAGGAAAGCUUUCUACAUGGCAGGGCAAGGAGAAAUGGACUCCAGUUAUGGAAAUUACAGCUAUGGCCAACAGAGAUCUACACAGAGUCCCAUGUAUCGAAUGCCCGACAACAGCAUUUCAAAUGCAAACAGGGGGAAUGGUUUUGACAGAAGUGCUGAAACAUCAUCCUUAGCAUUUAAGCCAACAAAGCAACUAAUGUCCUCUGAACAGCAAAGGAAAUUCAGCAGCCAGUCCAGUAGGGCUCUAACACCCCCAUCCUACAGUACUGCUAAAAACUCCCUGGGUUCAAGAUCGAGUGACUCGUUUGGGAAGUAUACCUCCCCAGUAAUGAGUGAGCACAGUGAUGAGCAUAGGCAGCUCCUCCCUCACCCAAUGCAAGGCCCGGGACUUCGUGCAGCUACCUCAUCCAACCACUCUGUGGACGAGCAACUGAAGAAUACUGACACACACCUCAUUGACCUUGUUACCAAUGAGAUUAUCAACCAAGGACCUCCCGUGGACUGGAGCGACAUUGCUGGCCUAGAUCUAGUAAAGGCCGUCAUUAAGGAGGAGGUUUUAUGGCCAGUAUUGAGGUCAGACGCGUUCAAUGGACUGACUGCUCUACCUCGGAGCAUCCUUUUAUUUGGACCUCGGGGAACAGGCAAAACAUUAAUGAGCAGAUGUAUAGCUAGCCAGCUGGGGGCCACCUUCUUCAAAAUCACUGGCUCUGGCCUUGUCACAAAGUGGUUAGGGGAAGGAGAAAAAAUCGUCCACGCCUCCUUCCUCGUGGCAAGGUGUCGCCAACCCUCGGUGAUUUUCGUUAGUGACAUUGAUAUGCUCCUGUCCUCGCAAGUGAGCGAAGAACACAGUCCAGUAAGUCGGAUGAGAACCGAAUUCCUUAUGCAGCUAGACACUGUACUGACUUCUGCCGAGGACCAAAUAGUAGUAAUUUGCGCCACGAGUAAACCGGAAGAAAUUGAUGAAUCUCUUAGAAGGUACUUCAUGAAACGACUUUUAAUCCCACUUCCUGACAGCACAGCCAGACACCAGAUAAUAGUACAACUGCUCUCACAGCACAAUUACUGUCUCAAUGACAAGGAGGUUGCACUGCUUGUCCAGCGCACAGAAGGCUUUUCUGGACUAGAUGUGGCUCAUUUGUGUCAGGAAGCCGUGGUAGGUCCACUCCACGCCAUGCCAGCCACAGACCUUUCAGCCAUUAUGCCCAGCCAGUUGAGGCCAGUUACAUAUCAAGACUUUGAAAACGCUUUCUGCAAGA